AUGGCGUUGAACAUGGAAGAUGCCAAGGCUCAUCUGAAAGAGCAUGGUUGGGUCAAAAUCCCUUCCGUCCUCUCUAAAGAGGAAGCUCAAGAUGCACUUGAUCGUCUUUGGAAAGCCAAAGCUGUCUCUGAGGCUAGUGGCGAGGGCACUUUCCAGCCGAUUUUGGAUCCCAACCCAGCCAACGUGCGUGUCUUCUAUCUCCCAGAGAUAGAUGCAUAUUGGCGAGACAUGCUCGUCAAUCCGACCGGACUAGACUUGGCCAAGUCUGUGCUCGGCGAACAACUGCUGGUCAGCAAUUUUUCCGCCAACAUUGCUCGUCCUGGUGCAGAGAGCAUGGCCCUACACUCUGAUCAGAGUAUUGUUCUUCCAGCACCGUGGUUGGAUAACUGGGCAGUCAACGUCAUUUGGUGCCUCACCAGGACAACCAAGGAAAAUGGUGCAACUUUGUAUAUCCCAGGCUCAAAUAAGUGGACCACAUGGGAGGAUGUGCCUGAAAACGCACCUGAUUUGCUGGUCCCUUUUGAAGCGGAUGCUGGUGAUAUUGUUGUUAUUGAUGGACGUCUGUGGCACACUUCCGGCUCGAACGUUACGAAAGAUGAGGAUCGUGCUAUUCUCUUUGCUUAUUACUCUGCGCCUCACAUGCGACCUUUGACAAAUUGGUCAGCUAGGCUGUCAAAGGAGCUUCAGGACACACUUAGCCCGCAGAUGAAAGAGCUACUUGCCCUGAGUCACAUUGGAUAUGUUGUGAGGGGCGAUCUCACAUAUAUGGCGCAGAAAUACUCUUCAAAAAAUGGAACAACUGCGGUUGGUGCUUAA